AUGGAUAACAUGCAGGAUGGGGUUCAGAUCGGAGACAACAAGUUCAUCAGCAAGUAUGCCAUACACACACACACAACGUUUGUACAGACGUGUGUAAUAAUAACAAAAAGUAUAAUAUUAAAAUGUGUGUAAAGUAAUGGAUUGUUGUCAGGAAUGUUUUAUUUCUGUCUUCAGGGCAACAGUCCUGUCCCACCUCAAAACCUACAACCUCUAUUAUGAAGGACAUAACUUGCAGUUGAGACACAGAGAGGUGCGCACGCGUUUGUGUGUGUGUGUGUUGGUGCAUGUGAUUGAGAGUAACAGUGAGAAUUGUCUGAUAGCUGCACCCUCCUAUUUCACCUCUCUUUAUUGCAUUUAUAGUCUUUCUCUUCCUUAUUUUCUUUCUCUCUCUCUCUCUCUCUCUCUCUCUCUCUCUCUCUCUCGCUCUCUCUCUCUCUCUCUCUCUCCUCUCUCUCUCUCUCUCUCUCUAAAGAUGCAUCUAACUAGCUAGCUAACCAUCGGUGAACACUAUUGAGUGAGUUCAUGAGACCUAUCAAUAAUUCACCCUGCCCCAAAGGGGUAAUAACUGUCUCUCUGUGUGUGUGUGUGUGUGUGUUUAUGGAUCAUGGUAACUCUUGUCUCUACAGGAGGAAGGGGAGCUGAUCGUGGAGGGUUUGCUGAAUAUCUCCUGGGGCCUGCGUCGACCUAUCAGAUUGCAGAUGCAGGACGAUCACGAGCGAAUCAGACCUCCUCUCUCUACAUCCUGGCACUCCGGCUGUGCCCUGGAUAAUCAGAGGUAGGGAGUGAGCUCUGUUUACCGUACCAAGGCAACAUCUAGAAAUGUACUACGUACUGUAUGUAUAAAAGGUAUAUGUUUUUACCAACGCUAGCGGUCAGAUUACAUAGAGACCAUAUUUCACUGUUCCUCUGCCUGUCUCAUUUACACUUUGAUGUAGAAUAACUUUGAACAGAAGAUAAUGUGUCAUAAAUAAUGUCAAGCUAUUAAAUAUGGGAAUAUUCAUGUUUGCUCUAUGUCAAUAGCAAUGAAGGUGCCCAGCAGAGCCCGCCCACCAUAGAAGUGACAGAGCACGAGAGCCAAUCAGAGGACAGCAUUGUGAAGGCGGAUGAGGAAGAAGGUGGGUCUUAUAGAAGACUAAUCUGAAAACCUUCAGCAUGUUAUUAUGGAUAACUCAAUUAUUUAUCCUACAUUAGAUAGCCAUGCCUGUUCAACACAAUACAUUUUUAGAACAUUCUGUGAUGUUCUUAGGAACGUGAUUCUCUGACUCCUCCACUUUUCCCUAUCUCUAUGCUCUGAUUGGACAGAGGAAUAUGAGCGCUCCGCCCAGCUGCUGAGGACGAAGAGCGAUGCCGGGUUUCUGAGGAGGGGCCAGCGCCGGUCGUCUAGUGACCAGAGGAGGAUACGACGACACCGCUUCUCCAUCAAUGGACAUUUCUACAAUCACAGGGUACGCAUGCAUGCACGCACACACAUACACACACCAUAAUACUGCAGCUACACACUAGUACAACGAGAACAUAACACCACAAAUAAACACAUUUUCUCUCUCUCUCAUUCCUCUCCCCUUCUCAUAAUUGUGCUGCCCCCAUCGCCCCUUCAGACUGCAGUCUUCACUCCAGCGUAUGGUUCAGUGACUAACGUGCGGAUCAACAGUUGUAUGACCACGCCCCAGGUGCUACGAGUGCUACUUAACAAGUUCAAGAUUGAGAAUAGCCCAGAUGACUUUGCACUGUACCUUGUACACACCAGCGGGGGUGAGUGAGUGAGUGUGGUGUUGUGUGGUUGCGUAUCUGUCAUAGAGUGUGAAGCUGAAUCACUUUCUCCCUUUCACAGGGUCAAUGUGAGCUAUGUCUGUGUUUAUCCUAGAGUAGAGUAUGCGUUAUUAAUUGUGUGUGUGUGUGUGCGCGUAUGAAAGUGCUGCAGCUCUGUGGUAAAACAUGGCAAUCUACUAGCACAACUUAAACACACCCGUUGUAAUGCAGUAAAGGUUUGACGAUGUUUCUUCUUUCAGAGCGCGUAAAGCUGAAGCGCAGUGACUACCCCCUGGUGCUGCGUGUGCUUCAGGGUCCGUGUGAACAGGUCAGCAGAAUCUUCCUAAUGGAGCAGGACCUGGGAGAGGAAGUCACCUAUAAUGUAAGACUGCUAAUGUAUAACUGCUAAAUCAUUCCUCGCCUACAUACCACUGUGUAACUGCUAAAUCAUUCCCCACUUCUCAGUACCCAUAAACUAAAUCACGUCCUCAGAAUAUAAUAUUCUGUCUGUCCCCUUUUCUAUUACAAAAGGGCUCAGUUCAAUAUAACCUGCAGUGGGCUAUUUAUGCACUAGACUAGAAUUGAAAUAUACCUUUUACCAUAACAGAGUCACGAGUCAAACCAAAACCAUAGUUUACUUAAUUUAAGCAGCUUAGGGGUCUGCAAGCCAAGCCAAUUAGUUGUCCUCAACAAUGGCUUGACAGCUAUUAUGACUAUGUAUAACAUCCGAAAUAAGCUAUUAUGACUAUGUAUGACAUCCUUUAUGUAAUUGUUAUAAUUACAGUAUUGUGACUUCAUAAUAGUUGAGGGUUCAGGCUAAGUCUGUGUUUGUAAUUGCAUUUCUCCCUCCUCCUGAGCAGGUGGCGCAGUAUAUUAAGUUUGAGAUGCCGGUGCUGCAGAGUUUCAUCACCAAGCUGAAGGAGGAAGAGGACCGGGAGGUGCAGAAACUCAGGAGCAGGUGAGGUGCAGGCAACAUAUACCUACCUCUCCUGAAUAGCUGUCAAUGGUGUCAUCUACUGUGUAUUUAUGUCUCAUUCUCUUCCCUCCCUCUCUCUCUCUAUCUCCCUUUCGCUCUCUUUCUCUCUCUCUCUCUCUCUCUCUAUCUGUAGGUAUACAUUUCUGCGGUGUAUCAUUGAGAAGCAGAUGCGUUGUCUUCCUGAGGAGACUACC